GACAACUUCCUUGGUAACAAGAAGCUUGCUCUUCAGUAUAUUUUUGUCCGGCAUAUGCCGCUAAAUACGUCAGUGGAAAACGUAUUCUGAAUUGCUUAUUUAAUUCUAACGUUGUUUUAUUUUAUUUUCUGUAUUAAUGGGUUUAAAGCUCUUGCGAGCGACAUAGGAGAAAUUAUUCCAGCUAACUGUUACGUUAACAUUACCUAGCUAGCUAAUGAGCCAGGGUCCGCACUGUUCACCAUGUCUCUUUGAGGAGAUGAACUCCCGCCGUUGGUGUCGUUCACUUCACAUAUUCAUUGUCUUGUGUGCACGUUUGGCCAACGCAGCCACAGAAUCUGAGGUCUCUCCAACCGUCAAUGUAAGCCCAACAAAUGGGGGGGCUUUCAGCUCCGCGACCCCUGCUCCGGACGUCACAGAGGCCGUGGACUCCACUAGUGUCGGCACCACAGGGGCGUCUGAAGCUCCUACUGUGCUCACCGAUGAGCCCUCGGCACCCACCGUCCAGCCCGUGGUGACCCCAGAGGGUUGCCUCUGCAAUUUAACGCCUGAUUUCUGCGACAUUGGCUGCUGUUGUGACACAGUUGACUGUGGUAUGGCUAACUUGAGUACAGUUUUCACUGGAUGUCCAAAGAAAGCCAUAUCAGGAUUUUGCAUUGAGAAAUGGCUGAUGUUCAGGGCUAACGUGGAUUCAUCUCUUGUCACUGUGACUGACUCUUUGUUUUGUGUCCGGUCUGAAGAUAAAGCACGCAAAUCUCUCCAUGCUCUACCUCAGUAUCCAGCUUUAGGUGAUUCAUACCACUUCUCACCACCAGCACCUACAAGCAUCAGCCACAGCAGAGCUUUCUACAGGGUUGAUGAUGUCAUCCAGACAUAUUUCUCGAGCUCGUCUGUGCGGGGUCUCCUUCGGCAGCCAUCUCAAGGGGCUGCUGCUGCAUUCUGUAUCAAUCGCAACCCUGCAAAGUUCUUGAGGUCUGUGUCUCUGUCUUGUACCCGCAUGCUGACUCCUCAGUCCUGCACCACUGACCCAAAUCUCAAUGCCAACUCCUACUUUUCUGACUUGAGCCUGAUCAAGAUUCCAAUAGACGAGACGUCACAAGUGUCAGACCUUCUGAUCCCAGUUACUCCACAGUCUGAGUGGCCUGCACCAGGCCAACGAAACAGCCUCUGUGUUAAUGUGGUGAAAAAGGUUGAGUUUGUCAUAGGAUACACAGGCAGAGGAGAACUCACGUAUGCAACUGUGAAUGUGGUCUUAGCUGAUGUGGAUCCAAAUCAGUUCCUGUUGCAGACACACUCCGUGCAGUUCCAGCUGGCCACACCCAGCCCCACUCCAGGAGGACUGAUGCCUGCAGUCGGACUCAGAGUCGGAUCUCCUGUCAUUGGUCGCUUUAAUGGAGAAGAGACAGCUCUGACCAUGCUGAGGGCAUCACAGAGUGGGGAGUGUUCCUCUGACCCCAGCAGACGAGCACCCAUCCUCUUCACACACAACACCAUCACUGGCUGCACAUUCAGUUCCCCAUCUAGCGACUGUUCAGAGCUGCGGUUCCAGAUUUAUGGGAUCUUGCAGGGAUUGGCUACUCCUGAUGAGCUUGCCAUGAACUCUGGCUCCCAUCUGAGCUGGACAAGAGUCAUUACCCAGGAGUGUCCUGUCAACCUGCAGGAAACAUGUGAAUCAGGCUGCCUCCUACCCAGCUCCCUCUCUAUCAGAGUGCUAUGGGCUCGCCAGGGUUUCUUACACCUUCCCCAGAAAUACAUCCUGGGGGCCAAAUACCUUUACAAGUGUCAAAAUUUCAAGUGUCCUGUGUCGUCCCCUCUCGCUCUAACCACCGAGGUGACGUUUGCCGACAUUACAGUUUACCCAGAACCCCCCAGGGGCUUGCCUCAGCCUGACUGGAAGUUUCCAUUUGGUUUCUUCACUAGGGGCACUACAGAGCUGGACGGGCACAUUGUUAUUAAUGCCAGUAGCGCUGAGAGGGUCACAUGGAGUUUAAUGCUGUUCACGGUCGUGUUGCUAACAGGAUUAGAAUUCUUUACAAGGUAGCUGGAUACUGAAGGUAAAAGUGGAGCAGUUAUGUUCUGAGGGCUUCUUAACUUGAAGAAAUGCUUUAUAUGAAUGAAUUGAAAUGAAUGAGUUAGGGAUUUUAUUUUGCUUAGCUUUUUUUUAACAAUAUAAAGAGUCAUCCUUAAGUAAAACAUGAAAAUGGUCCAUACUGUAUCAUCCUAAAAUACCUUAAUUUAUGUGUUUUGUACAUUUUCAGGAAUACAUACAUUUUUACAAGACA